UACUCGUUUCCACACUUCGUUGUCGCCACUCGCCGAACCGCCGAAGUACCGGACGCCGCCGGACCGCACGACCGUUGUGAACCGUUUGCUACUUUCUUCGUUUUAUACCGCGUUGGCGCACUAUAGCCUGGUACUAUGGUUUGGUACUAACCUCGUCUGUGCUGGUGUAGUCGUAAACCGCAGUUAUACGUUUUUCGUCACCGUCCGUUCGUCGUCCACGCGUGCCUGUUCCUGGUCAUUCCGAUUGCUGUUCUGCGCUCGCCACGUUUUCCCCAGAACGGAAGCGUCGAAGCGACCGAGUGGCGAUCUCAAUCCACGUUGAAGCGACAGACCCCGCGACUAGAAUCCACGAACGCCAUGGCGGAUGCUACGCACAAAACAUUAUCGGAUGGAGUUAAACGUUGGAAAUCGAUCUAUAGUUACUUGAACUUGAUGAAGUACAUGCUAAGAAUUUUCUGCUAUUUUGCGGCAGUUGUGAUGUUCCAGAUUAGUUCAUUUUUAGAAGUUUUAUCUGAUUAUCUUAAAUCAACUGAAAAGGCAGAAGAUUCACAUGAGAAAACUAUUGAAAAAAGGUGCGAUGCUAAUUCUUUUUCUAAUCAAACCAAUAAAAAUGAAGAACUAAAAGAAGUAUUUAAAGUUAUCAAUGAUACGGUUAAUGAAUUAAUAGACAGAGAGUGCGAUUUGCAUUCCAAUCACAUGGAUAAAAAUGAAGAACAAAAAGGAGAAAAUAAAGUUAUUGGUGAUAUUGCGAAUGGAUUAAUAGACAAUGUGACUGAAGGGUGUAAUGGUCAAUCCGUUUUUGACUGUAAUAAAGUUGCAGAGCAAAAAAUAGUAAAUGAAGCUAAUGCUAAUAUUGUAAAUUGCAAAUUAAAUGAAGAGUGUGAUUCUCAGUAUUAUGAUGGAGUUGAACAAAAACCUACGUCUCAAAUUCCUGGAAAAUCGAGAGAAAUUACUAAUUCUGAAAACAGCGAAGAAAAAGUUAAAGAAGAAAUUACUACUUCCGAGGACAUUGGAUCUGCAAGAGUUAAAAAAAGACAACCUAUCAAAAAUACUGCAAUGUUACUAAUAACUAAAACAAUAAAUGAAAACAAAUUAAUGGACAAACGAUUCAAGUUUAAAACCAAAUACGACAAAGACAAAAUGUCAAAUAAAGAAACACCUAAUGGAAAUCCUUAUCAGGACAAAGAUAACAUUUUUACAAACAAAUCUGAUAGUUUUAAAAGCGAAAACAAACUGUCAUUAAAUAAUGAACCUGAGAAAACUGAUUGUUUUGAAGUAGCUAACAAUAGCAAUAGUAAAGACACUUCUAUUGGUAGUGCAUCAAUGUAUAAGAAUGAUAGCAAAAACCUUGAUAUCCAUAAAAAUAUAGAACCAAUGGAAAAUCAAUACAAAAUCAAUGGGAAUCAAAAAUUGGUCACAAAAAAUAACGUUGAUCACCGGGAAAAUGAUGAUGGUAAUGAAAGCAGAAGUCCGAUUACAAAGACUGAAAUAAUAAUCAACGAAAAUAAUGGUGAACUCUUGAAAAAUCACAAUGAUUAUGAAAAUAAAGAACCAAUUACAACAACUGAAAAUAUGAUCACAAAAAAUAAUGAUGUCCACUGGAAAGAUUUUGAUAAUUAUACGAAUAGUGAAUCAAAUACAAAGUCUGAAAAUAUGAUCACAUCAAAUAAUGGUAGAUGCUGGGAAAAUGAUGAUGGUAUUGAGAACAGAAAACCGACUUCAAUGACUGAAAAUAUGAUCACAUCAAAUAAUGGUGAAUGUCAGGAUAAUUAUGAUGGAAAACCGAUUUCAAAGACUGAAUAUAUGACCACCAAAAAUAAUACUGAACGCUGGGAAAAUAACAAUAGUCAUGAAUACAAAAAACCUAUUACGAAGACUGAAAAGAAGAUCUUAAAUAUAUUUGAAGUGAAGGAUGACAUCUUUGGUUUGCCUUCUAAAUUUUCUCUAGCACAUUGUGUUUGUGAAGAUUUUCAUAGUUCUAUGGGCAUGACAGCUGAAUUUAAAUACAAAUUUGGUAAAAUUGGUGCAUUAAUGGAUCAACAGUUACGUGUGAGCGACGUUGGUCAUAUUAUACAUAAUGAGCAACAUGUAUUUUAUAUAGUCAUAAAAAGAAAAAUGAAUCAAAGACCAUUAUUAUCUACCUUAGAAAUAGCAUUGUGUAAUUUACGUAAUAAAAUGAAUGACCUUAAAUUAACAAAAUUGGCAAUCCCAAAAUAUGGAUUAGACUCAUUCAAUAUAGUAGAUGUGAAGGAAGUGAUUUCAAAAAUAUUUACAUUAUCCGAUAUUGAAGUCACUAUAUGUCUGGCUUCAUCAAAAUUUGAAAUAGAACAUUUUAUUCCUCCGAAAGUAAAUUAUACAUUUAAACAAUUGUGGGAGAUGGAGAAACAAACCGAUAUAAUAAUAUUUAUAAAUAUGAAAACAGUGUAUUCAGAGAAUUGGUAUGACGAAGUUGUUGAACGUAUCAAUACUAAAUACCCAUUUAAAGAGAGAUUAUUAAAAGAUAUUAAUAUUAAACCAAUGGCUCAUGGUGAUUUUCUGAUGUACAAAAUUGACACUGAAAUAUUGUUUUGUGUAUUCAUUAAACCUUUUGAUCAAUAUUCAGCGUACUUUAGAUGUCUUGAAAAAGCUUUUCAAGAGAUGAAAUCACAUUUAACUGGUUAUAGAUAUUUGGGAGUUCAACAAGAGCCAUAUACUUAUAAGCCUAAUCAACUCACUUUAUCACGUUGUUUGGCUAUACUAAAAUCAGUUUUUAGUAAUCAAAAUGCUGAAAUUUGGAUUUGCGGUGAUACUGAACAACAUAAAGCACAUCAUUAUCAACAAUAUAAAAAAAUUGUUAACGAUGCUAUUGAGCCGAAUCCAAAACGAAAUUCAAAAACAAAUACUAAGUCUAAAAAUAGACCAGAAAAAAAGAGACAUGGUAAUAACAGUAGACAUGAUUUAUCAGAAAAACAUUACAGUAACAACAUAUCAGAUGUAAACUCUGUUACAUAUCUAAACCAAGAACAAAUAUCUGUCGAUAAUUACAAAACAGAAAAUUGGGAUAACUGAUCAUUUUAUACAUAUUAUUUUAUCCAUUUUAUUAACAAUUAAUAUUUUGUUAUAUUAAUUUAUUUUUACUGAUAUUACUCUUCUGAGUAUUAAAUUAAUUAAAAGUAUGAUAUGUUGUUUCACAAUAUAUAUAUAAGAGAAAAAACUUUUAAAACAAUUCAACAAUUUAUCGUUUUUAGUGUUUUCCCUGAAGGUAAAUCAUUAAUUCGUUACAUUUUUAAAAAUUAUAUAUAUAUAUUUUUUUUUAUUGAUAUCAAAAUUGUUGUUAUUUUUCGGUUUAUCUGAUUUAUGUUUACAUUUUCUCUCGAGUUGUUUUUAAAUAUUGGUUAAAAUUUUUUUUUUUCAGUUCAAUAUUUCUAAUUGUAACCCUUAGCUUAUGAAUAUUAGUAGUUUUAAAAAUUAAAAUAUUGUUAUGAUGUAAAUACACAAAGUAUAUAGCAUAAA